AUGGAGACGCGGCUUGGAUACACAAUUAGCUCGCUCAACUACCCUCACGAUGCCUCGAACCGACUAUACAGCGAUCUCACAAUAGUUCCAGAGAGCGCGUAUGAGAGAGCCCAAAAGGAAAUCGAACAGCUUGAAUCCGGGGAUCGCCAUGACUUCCAAUCUUUGUUGGGCGAGAAAUUUCCCGCACUUGAUGUUCCUCAGACAAUUAUGUGGCGUGGGGAUAUGGUGACAUUUCGUCGCAGGAGCCAUGUUGGCUUCUACGUCUUCACAGGCGAUGUCCAUUAUAAGUUUGGGCUUGACGUCCAUUUCCUGUUAACUAACGCGGAAGUUUUCGAGAGUAUGAUGUCCUACAAGUGCACCCCCCCUUCAACUAUCGAUCCAGGCCCGAUUCUCGCUAGACUGCCUCCAGAGAUACUCGAAAGAAUAUUAUCACUUUCAAUGCCUAAGGGUAGGUGGAAUGCUGCCGACGUGGAAGAUACCAAAUCAGACUUGCUUCCUCUGGGGAAUUUGAGUGGCUUUCAUUUCCCGUUGAGCAGUCUGCCGAUUCUCAAGGUUAGUAAAAGCAUUCACAGCCGCGCGCUGCCCUUGGUGUAUCGUGCAACCGAGUUCCAAUUGGAAGAUAUGGAUACAGUCAUCAGACUUCUUAUGGCCAUCGGCAGCAUUGAACGAGACAACAUCGAAUCACUUGAAUUUUCCUGGCAAAGCAGAAGCGACUUUCAACUUUGGCCGCCCGGAUCCUCGAAACCACCGAUCGCCCAUGGAAAUUACCAGAGCUCCAUGUGA